GCGAAACCGGAAGAAGCGGCAACCUUGACAAGCGAGCAAAACACAUGCGCUGCUGGUCAACGAAAUAGCUUAAAAAAUGAUUCUUGCCAAUUUACCGGAAAAUAUUUACUAGGACUACUAAGAUUCUUCAUUACUCUUUCAGAUGUGUUUCUCCGUUUUUCUGGGAAAACGCAAAAAAUUUUAGCUAGCUACAUGAAUGCCUUACCAAACCAUUACUAACUUCCUCUCCCUGGACUAAAUCAUUUGGUGGACUUUAUGUAGGCACCGCCUGCCAUCCAGCGAUGAGGACCCCGUUUGUGUUUGUCACCAGAAGCUGUAAGGCUGUUCACAGACUUCAACAAAGCCCAUUUUUCUCACCAAUUUCAGCUCUAUCGAGACACCACAGGAUGGGUGUGUUGAGAUACACAAGCACCCACUUCUGCAAAGACGACAGGAGCUACUUCAUAACCACUCCCAUCUUCUAUGUCAAUGCUUCUCCUCAUUUAGGACACUUGUAUUCAGCUGUGAUAGCUGACUGCUUACACAGGUAUAAGCUACUUCAGGGCUUCAACUCAAAGUUUGCAACAGGCACAGACGAACAUGGCUUGAAAAUCCAACAAGCUGCUGAAGCUGCAGGAAAGGAUCCCCUGACCUUCUCCACUGAUGUGUCUGAGAGAUUCAAACAUCUCUUCAGCAGCUGCAGCAUAUCAUAUACAGACUACAUAAGAACCACUGAGCAGAGACACAGCCGGGCUGUGAAGCAUUUCUGGUCAGUGCUCUGGAACAAAGGGUUCAUCUACAAGGGGAGCUACGAAGGCUGGUACUCCACCCAAGAUGAAAGCUUCCUCAUGCCAUCGCAGGUGGCCAAUGCUUUGGACUCAUCAGGGAAGGAGAUCAAGGUAUCGCUGGAGAGUGGCCACAAGGUGGAGUGGAUGAAAGAGGAGAACUACAUGUUCCGUCUGUCUGCGUUUCGGCCUCAGCUGCUCGACUGGCUCAGAGGAAAUCCUCAGGCCAUACAGCCUGAGCGUUUCUACCAGGCUGUUCUCCAGUUGCUGCAGGAGGACCUUCCUGACCUCUCAGUCUCCCGUGAGAGAAGCCGCAUUCAGUGGGGUAUCCCAGUCCCUGGUGAUGCUGAACAAGUCAUCUAUGUGUGGCUAGAUGCUCUUGUGAACUACCUUACAGUAGCUGGCUAUCCAGAUAAACACAACCAGUGGUGGAACGUGGCCCACCACAUAAUCGGAAAGGACAUCUUAAAAUUUCACGCUAUCUACUGGCCGUCUUUUCUUCUAGGGGCCGGACUGCCGCUGCCACAGACAAUACGUGUGCACUCUCACUGGACAGUAGGAGGGAAGAAGAUGUCUAAAAGUUUGGGUAAUGUUGUGGAUCCUCUUGAACGCUCACAAGUGUUCACAACUGAUGGUAUGCGGUACUUUCUUCUGCGCCAAGGUGUCCCAGACUCCGACUGUGAUUACACAGACGACAAAGUUAUGAAGUUGCUCAAUGCAGAGCUCGCGGACUCUCUGGGUGGUCUGCUUAACCGCUGCACAGCUCCAGCGCUUAACCCAGCUCAGGUCUACCCCUCUUUCUGCCCUCUGUCCUUCCCAAGUGAUCAAGGAGGCAAGGCUGUGGUUGAAGACUACCACAUGUUGGAUGCUGUGAAAAAUCUCCCUGCUGUGGUGGAACAGCAUUACGAGAGCAUGCAUGUGUACAAAGCUCUGGAAGCCAUCAGUGCCUGUGUGAGGCAGACGAACGGGUUUGUUCAGCGGCAUGCACCUUGGAAGCUGGAUAGGAGGGACAGUAAGGACCAGCGCUGGCUAGACACCAUCAUCCACGUCUCCCUUGAAUGCCUGAGAAUUUACGGCACACUCUUACUGCCAGUAGUGCCAGAGAUUUCUAACAAGCUGCUGUCCAGACUCGGGGUGCAACCAGGCGAGAGGAGCUGGGCAGAUGCGAACUUCCUGCCGAGGUAUCAGGGAAAGGACAGUCCGUUUGAAGGGAGAGCACUAGGAUCUGACACUGGAGUGCUUUUUUGUCGCUUGGAAAGUCAGAAUCAAGAUAAAGAAAAAACUAAGAAAACAAAAAACGCUGCAAAAUUUAAAUGAGGCACUGUUUUUUUUCUUCCCUGUACUCCAGUUCAAAGAAAUAAAACUCCUGUGGCUGUUGUCACUUAAUCUCAA